AUGAGUGAAGGUAAUAGCUGGGGUGGGAACAAUUGGGGUGAGUUGACUCGUUGCAGCUAUGGGUUAAGAGCAAAGAUCAGAACUUCGUGGACUCAUGCUAAUCCUGCUAGGAGGUUUUUGGGUUGUCCUAAUUAUGGAGUUAGUGUAUACAAGUUUCAAAAAAAUGGGGCUAGUGGUUACUUUUCCUGGUACAAUCCACCCACAUGUGCUCAUGGUAGACAAGUGUUGCUGAAGUUGGUGGACAAGGUUGCAGCACUAGAAGAAUGUGUCAAUGAGGUUGCAAAAUUAGAGGAUGCUGUUCAACGUUAUCGUGCACGACAAAAGUGGCUUGUCAUUGCCUUGAUUGCUACAUUGUUUAUGAAUGGACUAUUUGUACUCCAAAAUAGUGUUUAG